AUCCUUGAGUCGGGGAGGAUACAGCUUUGCAUCCUUGGGGAGGGGGAGUAUCGCCUUCACUUUGGAUCCCUGUGCUCCCCCCCAACCAUAUCCAUGCGUAGGGGGGCUGGACGCUGUGCAUCCUUGCGUGGGGAGGGGUCCCCUGUCACUUCGCCGAUUUUCAUGAUGGAGGGAGAGCCUCACUUCCCAGCUCUUCAUGGAGGUUUUUGCCCAUGCAUGGGGCGGGGGUGUAAGGCUGCCUGCACCUCCCAUCGGGAAGGAGUCCUAGAGCAGUCAGUGUGGGGGGGUCGAGGUCUCUCUGUGUCCACACAUGGAGUAUGUGUGUGUGUGUGUGUGGGGGGGUGUCUCAGUCUCUUUGCACACCGCACGGCCGCGGGGGUGCUGUCACUUUGCAUUCCUGCAUGGAGAGGGAACCUGUGCGCUUUGCACCCUUGCAUGGCAGGGAGGGGCCAUCACUUUACAUCCCUGCUGCAAGGCUCUACCAGUGCUUUCCAUUUGCACAUGGGGGGGAGGGGGCACUGCUUGGCAGGAUUGCUGGGGCCGGUGGCUGCCUGCACGUGUCCCUCUGCAGCUCAGAGCCCCUCCAGCACGCAGGCAUGCAUGUGCAGAGCUGGGCCUUGUGCUUCGUGAUUCAGCGACUUGCAGAGCUUUCAUAGCAGCUGAAUGCUCGAGGUCUCACUGCCGCCGUGCUGAAAUCCCAAUGGGUGCGGAGCCACGGCCGCUUUCGGUGCAGUUCAGGAUUGCUUGUCUAUGGCUGCCUGGUGCCUGGCAACCCAAGCAGGGGAGUGCAGCACCUGGAUGGAUGGGUCAGCAGUAGGAUGAAUUCAUCAUUCAUCCUCCAAACUUCAGUGUGUCUAAGCACAGCCCUCGUUUCUAUGUUUCAUUGCCUGGGCUUUAGAGGGGAUAGCUAAGGAAAAAAAAAGAAAAAAAAGGUGCUUAGAUGGCAUUUGGCAUUCCUGCAUUUCUUGAGCAUCCCCAGCGGCAGGGAGCAGCUCAGUGGCAGGCAGAAGCAGCUCUGCAUGGCGGGCAGGAGGUUAAUGUGCUGUGCUGCUCAGCUACGAGCACAGUGCAUGCCAAGGGCUCUUAUGCGGUGAUGCAACCAAGUCCCCAAAUGCCCACUGCCUUCCUUGGGAUCUGCAGCCCGCGGAGAAACCCUGAGGUGAAGCGGACUUGCUCAGAGCUGCUGUCUGCUUCAGCCCCAUGCUGAACCAAGGAUGCUCGUCCUCCAUUUUCUGGUAGAUGACAAAUCAGCUGUGCACGCCAAGAUCUUGACAAGUUCUGAGCAACAGCCCUCAAGCCAAAAGGAAAAGAGAGAAAAGAAAAACAAAAAACAAAGAGGCCAGCAUGCUUUUGCAGAGCUGCCUGUCACUGUUGCAGGGAAACGCGUCUCUGCCGGCUGUUCCCAAGCUGCGAGUGCCCAGGAAGAGCCCUGCUGCUCUCCCAGGCUGCCCCAUGCUGAUCAAAGCGCUUCUGUGGUGCACAGAAUGGGGGUUUGUUCAGCUGCGUCCUGCUGCACUGCUGGCGGGACACGGCCGGCCUGCUGGUAAUGAGCCUGGCAUAGAGAGGGGAUGGCAUUGAAGGCUUCUUUUGGUGAUAGAGAGUCAUUAAGAACAGCACGUGGUUCCUUUCCAGCAGGCUUCUUUCAGCCAAAGCAUGCACGGGAUUGCUGCUGCUCCCUGCCCCAUCUCUGGCUCUCCCCUCUCCCUUUACUGCAAGGGUAUCCACGCAUUAUUUUGGAUUGGAUCCAGAAAAUCCACACCACCUAAUCCCUAAGGAAAAUAGCUGCAUGAAAACCCACCUGCCAGUUGAUGUAGCUGUAUGUAUAGUUCAGGUCAAGCCAUGUAGGAGCCUGUUUGCUGUCGAGCAACAGGGCUAGCUUUCCCCUAAUCCCAAGGCAGCAGGCACUGCAUAUUCAGCAUCCCCCCUAAAGAGCUUUUUGACCACUGCAAAGCCCAGCUCGGAGAGGUGCUUGCAAGUUAGAGGCAAUUGAGCCCACUGCUGUUUCUGGAGCUGAGAGCUUUGCAGCAGAAGGUAAAAAAAAAAAAAAAAAAAAAAUUAGCGUGGCAUUUACUAACACAACUCUUAGGGAAUAUUUUUAGCCAUGUUGUGUUGCACUUCACAGCUCAGUGCGGUGGCGGAGCCUCUCUCCUGCAGCUCGGUGGAGGCAGAGCCGCUGCAGUUGGCGCAGCGCAGGCGGAGGCUGCAGAUGGGCCGUGGGGAAGGUGCGGGCAGCGCUCCUGUUGGGAUGGAGGUGCUGGCCCUGAGCACAGGCAGCACCAGCUCCAGCUCCAGCCCAGCAGUGCAGCCCAGGCAGGCGGCCUCAGCUUGCACUCCUCUUGGCUGUGGGUGCUGACCCUUCCCCUGGCUGUCCAGCAGGACCUCAGCCAUGUGCAUGGAGUGAGCUCCUUCCAGCAGAUUGGGAUGGCUGCUGUUCAGUUCCUCACUGCUGAGACAUCGCAGCUCGCUGUGCUGUGAGCCUCCAACCUCCCUGCGCUGAUGGAUUGGUGACCCGGGAGCAGCCUCCUGGGAUUUGCCCUCCGGUAUGUUUUGAGGAAUGUGGAUGCUGGAGACCCAGCCAGUUGCAGAGUAUUCAGUGAGCCUUUGGAAGAGUUCAGCUGUGCUAUCAGCUCCAUGUGAAGCGGUGAUGCCUGUCGGGCUGGUAGCAAUCGCAGUCACUCCAGCGAUCAGCAGAGUAACAGGCGGUCACAGAUGCAUUUCCUAAACACGAGCAAUGUGUCUUGGUGGUGAAGGAGCACUCCAUUUUGUGUGCAGCACGGCAGUGGCUGCAGGGCUGGCUCCAGCAAGCAGGUUCUCUGUGCUACAUCCCAACCAAGCAGCCAUCUCAUCACCUUCCUGAUCUCACUCUCUCGAUGUGUGUUUGCAGACCUCCUUGUCUCUGUACAAGCACUGUGGAUUUGCCAUACACUGCUCCCUUUGCUUUUCUCCUUGCUCUGCUGUUGGUGCCUGGCCAAGGCUCCUGCUGGGCUACACAGUCCCACUGCUGGCAGUGCCUAGGCAGUGCAGUUGGGUGAGAUCUGACAACAGGGGCUAAACAGACAGACAGAAACACAGACAGACCCCAAUCCAAGCUCAGCACAGGGGCACAGCACUGAGCUCUGUGAGAGCUUGGCAUAGGUAGGGUCAUGGCACACACCCCAUCGCUUCCUAAAUCUGUGCUCUCAUCUCACACAAUAUGAAGUCAGGAGCUCACCAAACUGUCUCAAUGCCACCUGGAAGGCACUGACCAUCACCUAGAGCAUGCCUUCAUCCAGCCCUGUUGGACCACCUGUACAGUCCCAUAGGGGUGGCUCACAGGGGACACCAAGGAGCCACCAGCCCAAGUCCCUUUGGCACACCGAGCCCAGAGGGCAAUACCAAGCUUCACUAAGCUCCCAUCCCAGGAUGGGCCCUAGGUGAUGCUGCUGGGGGUCACGAUGAUCUGUCAGAGCCUGCCUAAACAUGGCAGUCUGGUGCUUUAAGGCCUGCAGCUGCCCAAGUUCAGCCUUAUGUGGGUGCCAUCAGUGACUACUGUCAGUGCUCCUGGACCUCAUGGGUCAGGAAAUGCAGCCAGCACCCCCGGGGCAGCAUCCUGUGCUGAGAACUGUUCUGCACCUCCCCUAUCCCAACGGACAGACGGCACAAGCAGCUCAUUAAGUGCUUCCUCUCAGUUUGGGAAGUGCUGGAGGGGAUGGACUCAGAAGGCAGAAUAGCAUCUGCUUUGUGCUGCUGGGAGCACAAUCAGCCUUUUUGGGAGCUCAGCACUAAUGAUUUAGAUACAAGUUUUGCGCUGUUUUGUCAAGAGUUUGCAUUUGCAUUAGAAAACUCCCACCAAGCUGGGGUGCGGGUGGGGGGCUGGGGAGCAUGGUGGGUGCUAUCAAUGGGAAUCUGUUCUGCCAAGUACUGUUAGGGCCAAAAAAAGCGAGCUGUGCACAUUUCUGGCCCUUGCCGUAGUCGGCGUUCCUGCUGCCUUAUGGGUAUGCCCAGCUCUUAGCAUCCCAUCCAUCCUCCUCCUCCCUCCUCGUGGCUUCCCAAUCCUGCAGACAGUGAGCCGCCCCGGCCCUGGGGGAUGUUGUGGAGAGCAGGGCAGGACAUGGCCGCCCGCAUCAGAGCUGUGUGUGUGCACAAAUAAAUCCCAGAGAGCUCUGCAGUCAGCUGGAAAUAAUGGAAUUACAGGCACUCGCUUGCUCCCGUUUGGGUCAGGGGAGGUGUUUUGGGGCCAGCUGAAGGGCUGCAUCACACAGGGUUUGCUGCUGGUUUGAGCCACACUCUGUCAUCGCCAUUUCCUAGGUGGGUCCCCAGAGAGAGAGAAGAGCGGAAAUGCAAAUGGAAAAGGCUGUUUUGGGUUGUUUCUCCUUUUUUCUUCCUUUCCCAGGAGAGUGUGAGUGCCCACCAGCAGUAUGCCACUGGUGAAGAGGAACAUUGAGCCCCGGCACCUGUGCCGGGGGGCCCUGCCUGACGGGGUGACGAGUGAGCUGGAAUGUGUCACCAACAGCACGCUGGCUGCCAUCAUCAAGCAGCUGGGCAGCCUCAGUCGGCACGCUGAGGACAUCUUUGGGGAGCUGUUCAAUGAGGCCAACAGCUUCUACAUGAGGAUGAACUCACUGCAGGAGAGGGUGGACCUGCUGGUCAUCAAGGUGACGCAGCUGGACUCCACUGUUGAGGAAGUUUCGCUGCAGGACAUCAACAUGAGGAAGGCUUUCAAGAGCUCCACAGUGCAGAACCAACAGGUUGUGUCCCGCAACUCUAUCCCCAACCCGGUGAUGGAGAUGUACCAGCGCUGCGACAAGCCUCCACCGCUCAACAUCCUCACGCCAUACAGGGAUGACAAGAAAGAUGGCCUCAAAUUCUACACCGACCCCUCCUAUUUCUUCAACUUGUGGAAGGAGAAGAUGCUGCAGGCAACAGAGGACAAAAGGAAGGAGAAACGCAGGCAGAAGGAGCAGCGGCUGGUGGAGGACUCCACUCGGGAGGUGAAGAAAGUGCGGAAAGCCCGCAACCGGCGCCUGGAGUGGAACAUGAUGGCAUACGAUAAAGAGUUCCGACCCGAUAACAGAUCCUACACCUCAGAUGCUGCUGAGCACUCAUACCCGGCAAGCCCCAACCACCCGGCACAGCUGCUGGCCCCCACAGCCCACGUGCCCGCAGAACACAAGGAGGGGGUGCUGCCGACUGUCCCCCCUCCAGAACACGGCUACCGACCACCAGCGAGCAGCCGGCAGAACAGCCUCAACCGCGCCCAGCAGCCCCACGCGCCGCAGCCCCCCGAGGCCGUGCUGAACGGACCCAGACCGCACUUGGUCAAGGAUUUCGGACCACAGCCCGUACCGAUGACGGAGUACUUCGUGCCGCCGGCCCCUCCGCCCCCGCCGCCCGUCAUCCCCUCCGCGCAGACUGCCUUCGACAGCCCCAUGGCGGCUCCCGCAGCGCUGCCGCCUGGCGCGGCCGCCCCCGCCGCCCACCCCUCCUACGCGCCCUCGCCGCCCCCUGCACCGCCCGGCCCCUACUCCGCUUCCCCGCCUCAGGCCGGCCCCAUGGGGCCGCCCGUGGCCCCGCCGCCACCGCCACCGGGGCCACCCGCUCUCACCACCUCGCCAGCGCACUCAGCCUCACCGCCGGCCCCCGCCGCCGAGUCCCGGAAGCCGCCGAUCCCGCUGAUGCCUAUGAGCGAUGCCCGGAGCGACCUGCUCGCAGCCAUCCGCAGAGGCAUUCAACUUCGGAAAGUCCAGGAGCAGUGGGAGCAAGAGGCCAAGAAAGAGCCCGUGGGCAAUGAUGUGGCGACCAUCCUGUCCCGCCGGAUCGCGGUGGAGUACAGCGAGUCAGACGACGACUCCGAGCUGGAUGAUAACGAGUGGUCGGACUGAGGGGCCGUGCCGGGGGCUCCCCUGCAGCAGGUGCGUACGGCACUUCCCCCAAACCUGGAUGCCGACAACCGCAAUCAGCCCCGCUAAUUCAGGAGCUUUGCUUUCACACCGUGUUGAAAACCAUUCGGGCAGCGCUGGAGGCUGUGCACGGGUAGGAGGCAACUUUGAGGCAGCGAGGCCAGGAAUUAGCAGCACCUCCACGCUUAACGAUGCUGAAAAUUCUCUGGCUGGGUGAAUGGGAGUGCUCCACAACCAGAGGCUGGCUUUGGUAGAGGAAUGAAACCAGGAGGCAGGAGAACUUUUGCAGCUAGAUGUUAAAACAUGUAAUGGGGAGCUCUGGGAGGAAACCGAAGUGUUUGUGACCCUUGAGCCCACUCCCAUCCUUGGGACAGAUUUCUGGGAGAAAAGCAUGAAGACAAGGCUCAUGCAGCUGGCAGGGAACCAGCAUAUGUAGUGCAAUGUAUCCUGAGGGCAAGGGAUGGAGAGCAGUGUCCCAAAGCCCCGCUAUCCUUGGCCAUAGUGCUGAACUAUUAAAGUAUUAUUUGAAGAAAAAAAAAAAGAAAAAAAAUGCUGCUCUUAGAUAAACCCAAACCACUGAAACUGAGGGUGAGGUUUGGGCUCACUCUCUUGAUUUGCACUUUGUAUCCCCAUGAACCCCACUGGUACAGUUGAGAUCAACCCCAUCCCAGGGCACCGUCCUGGUGCUGCCUUGUCCCUUGUCCCCAAAGCACGGUACGGGUGGGGAGUGCAGGAACGGGGCCCCCACCACUGUGCCAAAAAUACUAGUUUGCUCACCAAAAUAGAGCAUGAUUCAUAGCAGCCUUUUCAUGCAGCUAUUAAAGGAGGAUUUGCGGGAGGGCAGAGCAAAUGGGUGUGAAAUACUGAAAACAUCCCAGUCAGAGGUACGGCUCUGCAGAGCUGCAAGAGGCUUCCAACCAGCAGUGUAUGGGCCAGAACUAAUGUGGACCCAUCUGACAUGGCCACAUGGCCCUCUCUUGUAUUCCCAUACACCACAAGCCCCAAAUGAGGGAAAAAACUGAGAUCCACUCAUGACAGCUCUUCUGGGGAGAAGUCAGACUUGAUGCCCACUUUCCCCAGAGCUGCACAGGGAGUACUCUGAGGUUCUAGAAGCAAAGAGACCUGUAAAGCUGGUGAGAGGGCUGGCUGUGACCCCAAAAGCUCAUGAGGGCUGAUGCUUAAAUCCACCCUGAGAACUGCUUAUCUCAAAGCUUAAAUCUCCCUGAGCAUCUGCUUAUUUCCCCCUGAAGAGAAACACCUCAUGGUGGAACAUGAUGACCACAAGCCCCAACCUAUCUGCUAAGAAGUGUCAUCAUAAGCUCUUGCUGGUGCUGAGUAACACAAAAUUGCCUCUGUCCCUUGGAUGUGACAUACCCCAUUUCUCUGCAUCCCAUUGACUCCUUCCAGUGGGAUUGAAGCAUCCCUUUCCUCCCACCAUUGCCCCGCGAGCAUCACUGUGGUGCUGAGCAGGGUUUGGACUGGGUUCAGGAGAAGACCAGAGUGGCUGGGGAAGGAUUUCAGGUGGGAAGUGAAAUCUGUUGGUGCUGAUGAUAAUUCUGCACCCUUCUCUGCCCUGCUGUGGUCCACAGCCCCUUGUUUGGUCCCUCCUCUCCUUCAAGGCAGCUCUCCUUGGCUUUAACACCACUGAAGGAGCUGCACAGAAGGUCCUUGGGCUUUUGGACCCAUCCUGGUGUCCCCAUUGGGUGGGGAGCCACCCUCGUGCCCACAAUGGGAUUUCCUUGUCAGGAAGGUUGGGAUGUGACAUUUAACAAUUCAGAAGUAGAUCUUGUAUUUAAAAAAAAAAUCAGAGUAACAUUUAGACAGUCACCUGUCAGUACUUAUUGCGGAACAUUGUGAACAUAGAUGCACUUGUGAUACUGUUCAUAUGUGAAAAAAUUUGGUUAUUUGGUAAUUUAGGAAGAGUCACGGCCUCACAUGAGAGGCUGCCAUUCCUGUCAGGGUGUUCAUGGGGCUGUAGGGUCAGCUGCAGUGCUGACCUGUUCUGGGGUAGAGCCAGGGCACCCUACCAGUGCAUGGGGAAGGGGCUCAGAGAUACAUGGGGAUGGCUCAGCCUUUGGGUCAGUGGCUGCCUCCAUGGUGGGAAGUGGGGCUCAGUGCCCCUGCAAGGCUGUGUCUCUUUUUGUGCUCUGGUUGUGCUUUGCUACAUGAAAGCAUGUGAUGACUCUGGUAGGACUUGCUGUGGUUGCACAUGAUGGGUGAGGGUGACCCCAGCAGGCUCAUGUUCUCAUCAUCUCAUGGUGACCCCAUAGUGACUUCAGGUUGGCAGCCAUCAGCCCGUGCUGUUAUCAGGGUCGAUGCCAUUGCAUGGCAAAGCACUUGACAAUCACACACGCAACCUUGCUUACCCUGCACGUGGGUCACAUUGGCAGAGGACCCAAGGGCCUCAUGGUGGCAGGGAGCAGGGCUUGCCCCCAUUUCCCUGCACCUUCAUGUUCCUAUGCCAUCCUCACCAUUGCCACAUCACCCCAAGGGAUUCCAGUCCCUUCCACAUCCCCAACUCCAAAGCAAGGCAGUAGGACCAUAAGCCUCCCAGCAUCGCUGUUGCUAGAAGCCAACACAGCCCAGCUCUUGUAAGGGCUGAGUCUGCCUUGGCUGUGCUGGAGCUGUCUUGAUAGGACAGAUGGGCUGAUCCACAGGUAGCCUCCCAGUGAGGUGCUGUGUUAGAGCCCUCUGCUCAGGUUUCUUAUGCAGUCAGUAAACAAGUAGCCUGUAUAGUCAGUGCAAGCUGUGGGCACCUAUUUCUGGUCUGAUUGCAGUGUCCCUCACGCUCCCCAGCUCUCUCCUGGCAGCAUCACAAGGCAGAUGGGCAGCACCUGAUGGCACCAGGAGCCCCAGUAUCAUUCAGCAGUCGCUCCUGCAAGGUCAGCUCUGCUGGCAGAGCAGUGUCCUCAAUGCCUUUGCUUGAGGGUCUCAGCCACCUCUGAGGAUGACUGUCUUUAUUCCAGGCGUACACCAAUAUUUUUUGACCUGGUCACCUCUGAAAUCCAGCACAAGCUCUUUGGUGGGUCUGGGCCAGGCUAGCGCUGCAGGAGUUGGUUGUGCCGAGCUAAUUAAUGCUGGCUGGCUGACCCAUAUGCUGCACACUCAGUAUUUUGUACAUAUGUGCCUAUUUCUGUAUACACCAAAAGUAGGCCACCCUGCAUUAUACAACCUGAAAUGCUCAAGUCCCCACGUGGGCUGAUAUAAAAGUGAAUAUUUAAAUAUUUUAUCUAGCUUGGCAGCCAUUAAAAAUACAAUCCAGGUCACAGAUGAUUGAAUUCCUCCUGUCUCUCAAGUGUACCAAAAGUGGAUAGGGGAGAUUCCCCUGCAUAUUUAGGUAUUGUGUUCCAUGUUAAAACAUACUAGUGACAUUUCAUUGCCAACAAAUAAUCACAGAGUGCCAAACAUUUAAUGAGCCCAACCUGUCUCCUGAGGUUCCCCUUGCCAUUUUAUCUGCCUUCUCCUCCUUGCCAAUUUAUGGGCAUAGAUUAAAAAUAAUAAGCAAAAUAUUGCCAGCAGGGGGAAGCAUAUUCUGUGUGCAUAUGAAUGAACCAGGCUUGAGUCAUCCAAAGAGAAAAUAAGCUGGUUUGGUUCUGCUCAGAGAUGUAACAGGAGGCUCUAGUGCCUGUGGUCCUUCAGGAGCCUCUUGGGUAUCUCCAGUUGACGUGGAAGGGGACAUUAGGAGAGCACUGUGCCCAUGGGCUGUGCAGGCUGAUCUGGCUGACGUCUGAUGAAGGUUAUGGAAGUCAGGUAGGGUUCACAAUCUGAUCUUGCACCCAGCUUCUCCUCAGUCUUGGAGGAGCCUUGGACCCAGUAAGUGAUGCUGGCAGCUUUUAGAGGAUCAGUGUCCUGAAAGAAUAAAAAGGCAUUGGGUGGUUCUCCACCCUAGACAGACACGUAGGGGGAGUGAGCAUCACACCCUGCGAGGGCUCCUGCACUGGCGGUCAUUUCAUCCCAGGAAGGCUAUGGUCUGGUGGGAAGCGUAAGGCUGAGCACAGCUUCUCCAAGGAGCUCCCUACAUAUAAGAGGCUUCAAAUUCCCUCCUUGCAACUUUGUCAUCUGUAUCUCCUUUUCAAGACACAAGCUUGGGAGACCACCCUGGGAACAGAACCUGAGUCAACACCUUCCUUGUAAUGACCAAGGGAAGCCCCACGCAGAGGAAGACAGGUUGGAGAUCCUUGUUUGGAGGGUGCUUCUUCAAAGAAGCCACAGCCCUGAGGAUGGAGCAUGGAGGGCCACGGGAAGCUCUCCCCAUCUGCUCCCACCAUACUGGCACAGGGAGCACAGACUGUCCUUCUCACCACCCCCUGUUGUCCUGUAGUAGUUGUUGUUAUUUAGGGUUAAGAGUUUCUAGGCUGGCACAUCAUUUCACAGAAAAAAAUAAAAGUAAGGACAAGGGCUCCGUCCUGAGGAGCUUACAGUUUACAGUAAAGACCAUAUGACCUGCACUGCACUUUAGAAGCCACAAAUGCUCAUUCACUCGCAUACCCAUGAAUUUACCCUCCCGACUGGGCAGCAGCACCUCGAGGACCACCGUCCCUUUCCCCAACUGAUCCCGUAACCAACACCACAACCACAUCCCCCUGCUGAUGGCAGGGCUCUCUGUCCUUCCACCAUCCCCACGCAGAAGUGCCUGAGCAAAGCAUGGGAGCAGUGAGACAUGCUGAUCUUGCCUUCGUAUGGGCAGCCAUCCCAGGCCUCUAUUCCGCUCUGGGAUGACCAUGCACAUGGUAGGGAACGCACCCAGCAGCGCUGGCAUGGCUACAUGUUGGCACUUAGAGCUGCCCAUGCAAUUCAUGUGAUGCCCCCAAGCUCAUAGAUGUCCUCCUCCAGGCAUUUUUACUUAACCUUAGUCUUUAAAAUAUUUCAAUCUUUGAGAGCCAGAAGGGGUUUCCCCUUGUGUCCUUUGUAUGUGUGUGCGUGUACACGUGUGAAUCCAACCUUUUAACAAACCUCAACUUUUCUAGACCCACUCAUGCAGGCUUUACUUUCUCCAGGUGAGAAUCACACAUGGAUUUUGCUGAGAAGGGGGAGAAGUGUCAUGGGAUUCAGUGGAUGCUCAUCCCAAAGCCCUCGGUACCACUCACAGACGGGUUAGGACAUGAAAUGGAAUGGGCCCAAAGCAGGGUUUCCCUUGGUGGAGCAUUGCUUGCAGGUGGGACAUGUUGGCUGUGGCAUCCCCUGCAAGCAGUGUUAGUGUAACAUCAGUAUUAGUCUCUGCCCAUGCUGAUACAGGGUCCUGAGGCCACUGACUGCUGCAUAACACUACAUUAUAGCAGGUUACAGAUCUUUCACCUUCCCCUUCCCACCUCUCUCCUGCCAAAUAUUGUCUCACAAGUGCCAUCCUUCAGACCAGCACCCAGAUGUCCCUCUAUAGUCUUUCCCAUUUAGUGAGAACAUGCUUAAAGCUGUUGCUGGCAUUCUGUUUGGGUUGUGAACCCAGGUGUUGGUGAAGCAAGCCUUCCCCCACACUCCUGUGGUGAGAAGUUCAAGGGAUUGGAGUGGUCCCAGGGACCUCCAGCUUGAUGGCAAUUCCAGCACUGAACAUACAAGAAGUAUUAAGAAGUCAGAGGAAACAGAGUAGAAAGCAAGCACUGUCAUCUUAGCUUGGUCACAAUCCUACCACUCUGUACAAGAAUACAAAGAUAGACAAAACCCACUGCAAAAUAAUAAAGUAAUCUAAAAAUAAACAAAUUUAAACCCCAGAAAAACAAAGCAAAGAAAAAAACUUACAUGGCUGCCAAGAAAAACAUAUAUAUAUAUAUAUAUAUAUAUAUAUAUAUAUAUGUAUAUAUAUGUGUAUAUAUAUAUAUAUAUAUAUAUAUGAGACCAGUGCUGUCCAUCAGCUAGCUGCCCAUCUGCUGUCACCAAAAAACCUCCAAAAAUUGGUUUAUAUGAAACACAUUCAGAAGAGCAAAAGAAACAGCCCAGCAAACCACAGCUCAGCAAGGAGGUAGGUCUCCACUAUGGUAGGAAGUGUUUUUAUCCCUGAAGGCUCCACCUCAGCUCAGGUGCCUCAAAUCCCACAGAUUUCACCCACUAUCAGUGCUUGCUAGUGCCUGAUGCCUCUGCUGGGAACAGUUACCUGACAAAAAGUCAGUUGUCAUGGAAAAUAUAUAGCACUCUUGAGAUGGAAGUGAGGUGGAUUUAGAGCCCAGUGAUGUCACUGUGAUGCACACUGGCAAGUGCUGGCUCCGUUAGGGCUGCUCUGAGGCUGGAGGAGAGGUGUUACUGCUGGUUCCCAAAUCCCAGCCCAGUAUGAGCAUUGGUUGUGGAUCCACCACCAGAGUUGGUUUGUGCUGAGGGGUUUCAGGUCUACAUCCAGCUGUGGCCGGUUUCCCACUCAUAGACUCUCUCUUUGUGGUGCCUUUCAUCUCAGAUUGGAGCAGAUUAGAACAAGGAAAGGAAAACUCACACUGAAGAGAAAACCUUUGCUCUGAAAUGUGAUGUUAGGAGUGUUUUGGGGCUGGUGGCCCCAUUUUCCUUCACUCUGGUUUCUUGUCAAGGGUGAAGAAGAAUGUCUCCUGUGUGGCUUUAGGCAGUUGCUGCAGUGUUACCACUGACACAAGUGCCUUCUCUGGGGAUCUCCCAUGUGUUUCCAUGGAGCAUCCAGAGCUUGGAGCAGCAGCUAUGGACAUCCAGUAAUCAGAGCGCCCAUCCCCAGCCAAGGGGAGGGACAGGGCAUUUCUAAGCAUUUCUAAGUGUUUCUGAUGCUCAGCCUUCCUCAGGUGACAAACUGGACCUGCCCAAGCCACGAGCUGUGCACCAGGAUUCCUCCUUCCCUGCAUGUGGAGUUUUACCCCAGGGUAGCAUUGGCACCAGUUGUCACUCUGAUCUUGGCCAACCUAAGGGAAACCCACUCUGGCAGGCACACGGGUGCACACCUUGCACCUUUGGCAGGGAACAGUCUCCAGAAGGGCACAGUGGGGCUGCAGGAAGGGCAAAACCCCAUCCUUGUUUGUCCUUGCUGCAGGACGUGCUUUUGCUGAUGGGUUUAUUUCAGGUUGUGUACAGGUGGAGUCAUUCUUUUCCUCUUCUUCUUCCUCCUCCUCCUCCUUUUCCUCUUUCUCCUCCUCCUCCCAACCUGCUGGACAGGCUCAGGGCAGCGUGCCCUUGGGGAAGGAGCAGUGGCUCCUGCAAAAGGCUCGGGUUUUACUACUAGCAGACUUAAUACCCACGUUCCCUUCAAUUUUCCACUUGGUGGAAGCAGCCGACAGGAGAUGGGCACCUCUCUGUCAGGAGGGUCACGCAGUGCAGGAUAUAACCCAAUUUCUAUUAUUAUAUAGUUAACUUUAAAGAAGAAAGAGGUGUUUGCUGUCUAACGGGGUCUUUUAACCACGUGCACUUAGUCAGUAGGUGAGUAGAUGUUGCUGCUUGUACCUAUCUACGUCCCCAGUCGCUACGUGUGACCACGUGUAUCGCAGUGCUGGGUGCUCUGCCCGGCACCAGGAGGGAUGGGGGGAAGGAUGGAGCCCGCCAAGAGCCGGAGCACCGCUUGUGACUGGUCUGUGAAAACCGUCGUCCGACAUAAUCCCCAACUGUUGACACUUUAUGCAUGUGCUAAUAAAAAAUAGAGUCCAAUAAAGAUUUUAAGA